AGAAGAUAUACAAACAGAUGUCCUCCAAAAGGCCAACAUCACUUACGACCUUACUGAUGAUAGCUUAGAAAUGAAGAAAAAUCAGAACAGUGGGUUGCCAGGAGCUGCAGGAAUAAACACCAGAUAUAAAGACAGUUGUCGAAAGAAACCACAGGAAUUCAUUGGAAAGAAAAAUUGGAGAAAUUUUCCUUCAGAAAGCUGUGAAAAUUGCAAAGAGAUCAAUGAAAAGAAAAUUCAAAGUCAGAAGCAAGAGAGAACUGAAGUAUUAAAUGUACCCAUUGAUUCCUUGAACUCACUGGAACAGUCUACCUCCCAAAAAGAAAGAAGAUAUCUGCCUGUCGGUCAGAAGAAAGCUAUUGUUUUAGUAACACCACUUAGAACCACAAGGUCAAUAAAGCAAAGAUAUAUGGAGCACCAUCUCUAUAUUAAAGGAGUAAGAGAUUUUGCCAAAACAAAGCAUCAAGAAGAAAGUGAAUCAGAGAUACAUAGAACUCCAAGUCCUACCAGUAAGUCCUUAGAGACCUUUGAACAUAGAGUGGAUUGUGAAGACAAUACCAAGGAGGACUGCAAUGACUGUGACAUGAUGACUGUCAAACAUACUCAGAUCCCUUGCGUGCAAAGUAAACAAAUGCUCGCCAAUGAUUUUAAGAAAAAGAACAAGUUGCCCUCGAAACUGCAGAAAACUAAAAAUCAAUUAGGUCUAUCAAAGUAUAGCCAGUCCUCAUCAAGUGAACAGAACGGAGUAGAAAUUAAAAGUAAAACCAGAGCAAGAAAAACAAAAGAAAGGCUGAAUCAGGAGAGAAAAAACAUCCCAAAAGAUAUCCUCCUUAUUUCAGAAUCUAAAGGUGAAAGUGAUUCUUAUAUCACACCAAAGAGACCUAGAUCUGUUGCUAAAGGAUCACAUUACAAAGCUGGUGGUAGCAUGGACUUUCUAAUUGAAGCUAAGGAAUCUGCUACAGCUAAGAGGCAACAGUUAGACCAUCUACCUGGUGUAACUGAUGAUGGAAAAUGGAGUGAGCCAGAGUUACAGAAGCUUCAUCGUACUGGGAUACACUCUAAAAGGAGGAAAACGUUGGCUGACUGGAGCCCGAAAGAGGACUGUGACACAGAUUCCUGUUCCUACCACUCCAAAGCAGGUGAGAGAAUUCUUGGGGACCGCGGGGUUUUGCAGGCUCUGGAUCCCAGGGUUUGCUACCCUGGCGGCCCCCCUUUAUCCUCUUACCAAGGACACAGGAUCCUUUACCUGGACUCCAGAGCAUCUGAAAGCCUUUAAGGAGAUCAAAAAGGCUUUACUUAGUGCCCCUGCUCUGGCUCUGCCGGAUCUAACUAAGCCUUUUACUCUCUAUGUGGACAACAGAGCAGGGGUCGCUCGAGGAGUCCUAACUCAGACCCUGGGGCCGUGGAAAUGGCCUAUAGUCUACCUAUCAAAGAAAUUAGACCCAGUGGCCAGUGGGUGGCCAUCAUGCUUGAAAGCUAUCUCUGCAGUAGCACUGCUCCUCAAAGACGCAGAUAAAUUGACUUUGGGACAGCAGACAAUCAUAGUAGCCCCCCAUGCCCUAGAAAGCAUCAUUAGGCAACCUCCAGAUUGUUGGAUGACUAACGCCUGCAUGACCCACUACCAGAGCCUCCUACUGACUGAGAGAGUGUUGUUUGCACCCCUGGCUAUCCUGAACCCUGCCACCCUACUGCCAGAAGCUGAUGAAUCUGCACCCAUACACCAGUGUAUAGACAUCCUAGCAGAAGAGCCUGGGACCAGGAAGGACCUCACUGACCAACUCUGGCCAGGAUGCCCUAGUUGGUACACGGAUGGCAGCAGGUUCAUGGUCAAAGGUAAGCGGAGAGCCGGGGUGGUGGUGGUAGAUGGAAGACAGACCAUCUGGGCCAGCAGUUUGCCUGAGGGGAUUUCAGGUCAGAAAGCAGAACUGAUAGCACUCAUCCAGGCUUUGAAACUGGCCGAGGGAAAAAUGAUCAACAUCUACAUGGACAGCGGGUACGCCUUCGCCACCACGCAUGUACAUGGGGAUACUUAUAAGCAGAGGGGGCUACUUACAUCUACUGGAAAAGACAUUAAAAUUAAAGAAGAAAUUCUAAGCUUGCUGGAGGCCAUACAUGUACCAAAGAAAUUGGCCAUCAUACAUUGCCCUGGCCACCAAAAAGGACACGAUGCGGUGACCAAGGGAAACAAGAUGGCAGAUUCAGCAGCAAAACAUGCAGCUCAGGGGGUCAUGGUUUUUCCAGUCGCAUCCAAAAAUAAAGAGACUAUAGAUGAUUAUGACAUCAGAGACACCAGUUUUAGAGGAGGCUGUCCAUAUUCCUUUGGGGGAGAUAAUAAUAUGCGUAAGAUUGUACAGGGAUAUUCCCCCUAUGGGGUAGCAGAAACAGAAGAAGGAAAAUCAGUCCUGUCUCAAAAGGAGGGACAACCAUAUGUUGCUAAUUUCCAUCAGCUGACCCACCUGGGAACUAAGAAAGUUAAAGACAUUGUUCACCACUCUGAUUACUAUGUGAUGGGACUGACUAUCAGACAUUGCACAGGAGGUGGUCCAGAAUCACAAAGCCUGUGCCCUGACUAAUGCUGGGCACCAUAUGGGGACUUCUGGUAAGCGACUCCGAGGAGAUAGGCCAGGAGCGUAUUGGGAACUAUACUUCACUGAAGUCAAACCAGCAAAAUAUGGUCAUAAAUAUUUACUAGUUUUCAUAGACACUUUUUCAGGUUGGGGAGAAGCAUUUCCAACCAAAAAGGAGACAGCCAAUGUUGUGGCCAAAAAGAUUCUAGAAGAAAUAUUUCCAAGAUUUGGCAUUCCUAAGGUAAUUGGAUCAGACAAUUGCCCUGCCUUCAUUGCCCAGGUGAGUCAGGGACUGGGCACUCAACUGGGGAUCAAUUAGAAACUACAUUGUGCUUACAGACCCCAGAGCUCAGGACAGGUAGAGAGGAUGAAUAGAACCUUAGAAGAGACCUUGACUGAAUUAGCCUUAGAGACCAGCGGGAAGGAUUGGACCGCACUCCUGCCUGCCCUCCUGCCUUUUGCUUUGUUUCAGGUGCGAAACACCCCUGGGAAGUUCAAGCUCACUCCAUUCGAGCUACUCUUUGGGGGACCCCCCCUUAUCCGAAGCAGGGGGUGUUCUUGAUCCUGAUGCUUUUUUCCCCAACCCCUCUUUGCCUGCUUAAAGGCCCUUGGACUUGUCAGAAAAGACGCCUGGGAGCAGCUCAAGGAAGCUUACGAGCCAGGGACCACUGAAGUGCCCCACAAGUUCCAAGUGGGGGACUCUGUCCUGGUCCGUCGCCACCGAGCUGGGAACCUUGAAGCCAGAUGAAGGAGACCCUAUCUGGUGCUCCUGACCAGCUGUUAAGGUUGACAGCAUUCCCACCUGGAUCCACGCCUCCCACAUCAAGGCCAUGACACCUACAGCCCAAGAUGGCACCUGGAAGCUGGAGUGUACUGAUGAUCCUCUUAAGCUGCGCCCUCCUCGACUGCUCACCUCUGAUGAAGAAUAACAACCCUCAUCACCCUAUGACUCUCACAUGGCAAGUACUCUCCCAAACCAGAGACAUUGUCUGGAGCACCUCUAAGGUCACCCCUCUGGGGACCUGGUGGCCUGAUAUUACCUUAGAUCUCUGCCUAUUAAUGACCAGGUUGGAAACAUGGGAUAUCCCUGAGGUCAGACCUGAUGACCUGCUGGUGCUCUGGGAGGUUACUCCUUCCCAGAGGACGGCCUCCCUAGGCUGUGCUUACUGCAGUUAAGGCUUACCAAAUUUUACAUCUGUCCUCGAGACAGGCAAGAGGCUAGAUGAUGUGGAGGCCUAGAACACUUUUAUUGUAAAGAAUGGAGCUGUGAGACCUCGGGAAAUGCUUAUUGGCAUCCCACCUCCUCAUGGGACUUAAUAACAGUGUCCAGAAACCAUUCGGGGCCUACCCAGUGCCCCCAGGGAGGAAGAUAGGUGCCCACUUCUAAAGCUACCUGCAAUUCGGGACCCUGCAAUCCCAUAGUAAUCCGAUUUACUUCACAGGGAAAAUUAUUCACCGAAUGGCCUAAAGGAUAAUGGUGGGGGAUCUGAUUCUAUGUAUCUGGAACCGACCCCUGGGUAGUGUUCCAAAUAUGGCUAAAAAUAGAAAGCCCCCCAACAGUUCCUGUUCUAGCACAACAAGGUCCUCCUAAGCCACCUGGGAGAGCCCAGUCAUUGCCUUCCCCUUCACUAAUCACAGAGAACCUGGUCCCUACUGUUCUGCCUUCCUCAAGGACAGCUACCAAAAUACCCACUAGUCUAAUACCACCUGCUGCUACGACAGGAGAUAGACUUUUUAAUCUGAUCCAGGGGGCCUUCUCAGCCCUCAAUGCCACCAAUCCUGCUGGCUUUGUCUAGCUAUGAGCCCCCCUUAUUAUGAGGGGACUGCCAUUCCAGGUACCCCAACCAGCACCACAGAUCAUAAUAGAUGCCCCUGGGGAGCAAAAAGCACACUCAUUCUUAAUGAAAUUUCUGGUUCUGGGCUUUAUAUAGGAAGGGUGCCCCCUACCCACCAACAUCUUUGUAACAUCUCCAUGACUCUUAACACCUCAGAGGCAGAUCAGUACCUAUUACCCAAUAAUAACAGCUGAUGGGCAUGCAGUACUGGGCUCACCCCCUGUGUAUCCACUUCUGUUUUUAAUCAGUCCAAAGAUUUCUGUGUUAGGAUUCAGCUAGUACCCCGUGCCUAUUACCAUUCUGAAGAAGUGGUCAUAGAAGCUUAUGAUACUGGAUUAAAACGAGUCCAGAGAACCAGUUUCCCUUACUCUAGCAGUCAUUCUGGGGUUAGGCUUGGCGGCAGGCAUAGGGACAGGGACCACUGCCCUAAUCAAGGGAACCCAUGAUUUACAACACGGCCUUGACACUCUGCAGGCCUCAAUGGAUCAGGAUUUACAGGCCAUCCAGGAUUCAGUUACUAAGCUGAAAGAGUCCCUUACCUCCCUAUCAGAAGUGGUCAUGCAGAACAGAGAGGAUUAGAUCUAUUAUUCCUUAAAGAAGGAGGGUUAUGUGCAGCGCUUAAGAAGAAUGUUGUUUCUAUGUUGACCAUUCAGGGGCUAUCAGGGACUCCAUGAGUAAACUUAAAGAAAGACUUAACAAGCGCAGGCUUGAGAGAGAGAGAGAGAGCACCCAAAACUCGUAUGAAGGGUGGUUUACUAAGUCUCCAUGGAUGACCACUUUGUUCUCGGCCCUUAUGGGUCCUUUGAUGAUUCUACUACUCCUGCUCACCAUAGGGCCUUGCAUAAUCAAUAAAUUAAUUAAUUGCUUUUGUUCACCAGAGAGUUAGUGCUGUUCAGAUCCUGAUGCUUCGCCAACAAUAUCAACAACUAGGACAAAUCAAUUCAGAAUCCAUAGAACCAGAAUCAGAUAGUUCUAAGAUUAGAAUUAUUUAUUAGAGGGAGUGGGGAUGAGAGACCCCGACUCAAAAAUGUAAAGGAUUUUAGGCCCCUAACAAACAAGCCUUUGGGGUCAAGUACACCCUGACCUCGGAAAUAGCCGACUUUUGCUUAACUGAUCCUGAGAUGCACUGUUUCAGGAACUAGCUGACCAAAAAGAAAGUCUGAAUGACUUGCCUUGUGACAAUCUUUACAAUGUUUAACCCCAAGGAUGUUUGUUCCAGAUAAUCUCUAACCCUCCUUAAGGCAUAAACUGUUGCCUGACUUCCUCAUUCUGUACUUCCCCAUUACAUGCAUAAUUUGUCCUCCACCCCUUGCCUUGUGAAUUCUUUUUCGUCCACCCCCUGCCUUGUUACUGGGGGUCAAUCUCAUCUAGCCCUGCGUGGUUACGGGACAACCCUAGUGCACUGGUUUCUCCCAAAUAAACCUCGUGUGU